GUACUUAUGCACGUGCGUGGAUGAGAUUAUCGAGUUCCUUGAAGGAAUGACAAAGACAGUAUACGAUUCAUCAUUUCCAAGUAGCAAAGGUCAAAAAAGACAAAUCGUAUACCAGAAGCUCAUGAAGCAUUGUAUAGGUUAAACCUAGGUAAUACGAGUGGACCAUAUUAAAAACUCCUUACAAGUAAAAAGGAUCCAUUUUUUAUUCAUAUUCAUAUAAACGAUUGGACAAGUGGUUGAUAGACUAAAAUGAGAUAGCAUUAACUAGUAGCUUUCUUCCACCACUCCAACAUGCUAGCGCUAGUAUGCUCGACCAGUUUAACCACGUUGAAAGCAACUUAACCAAUUGUCAUUCGAAUCUUUCGCUUAGAAAAAUAAUGAUUGGUUUAUAGCAUAUUUUGUAAGGGGGUGCAUAAUAAAGCGACAUCUAGGCGGUAUUGCGAACUGGUAAAAACGUAACGAGUCAGAUGGCCGUCUGAAAUCAACAACCGGUGUAGCGAACGGACAAAGUGACGCGGUUAUGUACGCAAAACAAUCGCGUCAGACGCGUGAAACAUCGUAAAAAAGAAACAUGUAAGGAUUUGUUAUCAUAAGUGUCGUCGCGUUGAAUUUUACGUUUCUUUUUGUUCGACAAGACCGUCGGGGGAAAUAGUGAAAGUGAAACUUGGCCCGACCGUGGUUGCUUUCACAAAUUGGUUUUAUCGUCAGUGACGUACGGUUUUGGAACCCCGAGGCCAAACACGAAUCCGCUGUUCGAGGAUGAGCGCGAACAAUGUGCAAGCACUUUUCGCGUGUUCCAGAUGCUUUUCGAGGCAUCCUUUCGAGGAACUAUCCCCGGGACAACAAUUGUGCAAGUAUUGUGUUUUGUGCAAAAGCAUGAAUAAUGUGUAAACAUUAUAACUGGUUAAAUGAAUGCAGAGGUGCAUUUCCUGUAGUGAAAUGUACAUAUUGUAGGUCAGAAUUCCAACAAACAAUAAAAGGAAAUACAAGCACCAUAUGUAAAAAAUGUGAGCAAAAUGUGAAAGCUUACGGUAAGCCGUCGGCCUGUGAAUAUUGCAAUACCAUAGCUGCAUUCAUCGGUAGCAAAUGUCAGCGUUGUACGAAUUCCGAAAAACGUUAUGGGCCACCGGUAACUUGUGAACAAUGCAAACAGAAGUGUGCCUUUGAUAGACAAGAUGAAGAUAAGAAGGUUGACGGAAAAUUGUUAUGUUGGCUGUGUACGCUUUCUUACAAAAGAGCGUUGGCAAAAACAAAACAGUCGGACGCAGAGAGGAGGGCACAUUUGAAACUGGCGCAACAACGAGCAGCGAAGCACAAAGAGCAAAAACUGAAAGGUCACAACAAGAGACCGCACAGAGUAGACGUUACGAAGUUGCCGCCUCAGUCUGAGAGCGGAGAAUCGAACGGUCCUGCUCCCGUGAAAGCAGCUCGUAUGGUCGGUGUACACGAUCCACACGAUCCUAAUAGUUCGGAUCAUGUAGUCGCAGUUACGCAAUUGAAAGAAAAGAUAGCUCAUCUUCAAAAACAAAUCACGAUUAAGGAUGGGCAAUUACUUGCCAAAGAUAGGCAGAUUACGGAAUUGAAAGCGAAAAACUUCACAUCGGAGACGGAACUGCGUAACAAGAUGAAAGCGACGGAAAAGGAGUACGAAACUAAAAUAUCGACGAUGCAACUGAAGAUCUCGAAUUUGUUAAAAGAAGUUGCAUCGUUAUCGAAGAGUUCCAAGCGGGGUGACAGAGUGGCCGCAACGAAAACAGAAGCUGGGACCAAUAGUGGAAGUGGAACAGACAGUCCUGUACCUUGAUAAGGUAGGAUUUCACAUCCUCAUUAUUCUUUGUCAAUUAAUGUUCAAACGAUAAUUCUUCUAAGUUUACGUUUUACUUCGUCGACACAACAUAUUUACGAUUAUAAAAUAUUGUAAUUAAUUAUAUAUUUAGUGUUUGGAAUGGUAUUCUGUUUGUGAUUUAGCGUUUAUGGCUUUUCGAAUGUUUCAUUUCCAAUAAGAGCCAAACGUAACAGAGAAUUCCAUGUUUUGCGCUUCUUUUAGUUAUGGUUGAUUAUUUUCCAAGUAUAUAAGAGUGCGUGUAAGAGAUUGAAUUAUUUUCGAUAUCUCGUUCCUAUAUUUUCAUACGAAGAUGUCCGAAGCUAGUUUCCUUGCAACGUUUUAUCGUCAUUCUCGUUUUACGAUCGAAAGGAGUGAGAAAUAUUAGAACUGUGAUCACGCUGUUUUGUUCGUUUUGUUUUUUAAUGGUGCGUUAUCGUUGCUAGAAUAUUUUCAGUACAACAUACACAUACUGCCGCCCUAUAAUUUGCGUUUGUGUUGAUCGUGAUUAUGCGAGAUAACACGAAGCAAGUUCUGAGUAGUACCGUGCUAAAUAGAAAAAAAAAAAAAGAACCGUGUAAUGUUUCUGGGAGAUGAAAGACUUUUCUUAAAAUUGUUUUCAGGGACUUGGUUAGCUGUGACAACAUACUCAAAUGUCCAUACCCGCAUUAAACUAUGUGGUAUACAUUAUAUAUAUAUUUAUAUAUAUGUAUAGCUAAUUGUUUCCAUUAACAAGGCAAAAAUCUGUAUUAUUUUUCUAAUUAAUAUAGGAAUGUAUAUUAUCUUCGACGUGUACGCGAAAGAGAAACAUUUUUCCCGUUCUUCUAAACCGGAGGAAUGACGAGGCAAGUGCAAAGCAAAAACAAAAGUGUUACUCGUAAGUUAGGUAGCUUACUUCCCUGGUCUCAUUACUUUUGUUCCGUUUUCCGCCAAAAGAAAAGGAAAACAAAAUUAUCCCACGAACGCGAGUUUGCUAUGAUUCGUUGCAUCGUGUGAUAAGGUUUUUUUUGUUUUUUUUUUUUUUUUUU